AUGGCAAAGUUUCUAUUGAUUUUAGUGACUUUAAAUUUAAAGGUAAGUUUUAAAUUGGGACUCGGUGGUCUAUUCAACAAGAUAAAGUAUACUCUGAAAUACCUGAAUCCUCUCAAAGCAGUAGAGGCCGAUCUAACUGACGCACUCUCUUUACAUAUAUUUUUUAUUAAAUUUUUUAAUGGACUAGAUGAUCCGAGCGAUGUUUUCAUCAGAUUAUCUAAUUGGGGAUUUGAUUUUCCAAAAUUACAUCCCAAAAUGAAUCCUAUAGAAGUUACAUUCAAUGAAGCUUCUAUUGUCAAGAUUGCACAAUCUAUACUUGGGGAAACCUAUAUGGAUUAUUCAAAUGUUAAGCAAUUUACCGACUUGGUCGAAUUUGUGGAAAGAUUAAAAGUGCAAGAAGAAAGUCCACAAGCAGUCAGUGAAUAUCUUUUAUGUAAGAGCGAUAAUCACAAGAAUGUUGGUUUACCAGAUAACAUUUUCAAAGACUAUAUGCGUAAAAAUGGAAAUCAUUAUUAUUGUGCGAGUUGCUCUUCAUUAAAUUCCAAGGUAUACAGAAACAAGGAUUCAAAACCAAUAGAAGUAAAACCAGCGAAAAAGAAAAAAAUAACUAAAUCAAUUUUUAGAAUUGUAAAGUUUUUUUCUGAAACUGUAGAGAGAUCAGAUCUCAAUUUAUCAUCAAAUUUAAUAGAUCAAAUACAUCAACUAAUUGGAAUAAUCUCAGAGUUUUUACAUCAUUUAAAUUCUUCUUUGCCUAGAUCUAUCUCAUCACCCUCCAAAGCCAUCAAUGAUCUCAAAUCUACACUGAAAUCAUUAAUCAAUCUAUAUGGUCAAGAUCAAAAGUCUACCGGUACCCUUAAGGAGGAUUCCAAGAUAUCAAACCCUAAUCCAAAUUCAAAAACAAAAUCAAAAUCAAAAUCAAAAUCAAAAUCAAAAUCAACCAGUUCAAACUCUCAAACUUCUGUAAUUUUAGAUCAAUCAUCAACAUCAACAACAAACUCUACAAAAGAAACAACAACAAGCUCUAUAACAGAAACAACAACAAACUCUACAACAGAAACAACAAAUGAGGAAUCUACUGAUAAUAAUCAAUUUUAUUCGUCAGUCGAUCAAUUUAGAAAUAUUCAAACUUCCACUGCAUCACCAAUAUCAAAAACCUACACCGACCCUAACUAUGUUAUUGAUACUGAGAAGUAUCCAAAGUUUGUUGGUUCACCAUUGAAUACCUUCUCAAUGACCCCUCAAGUCUCUCCACCCACGUCUUCUAUUAUCACUCAUCACCCUCUGGAUCCAAAUGACAUGUCACUCAAUAAGGAUAGAAAACUGUGUGCUACCGCCAAUAGAAUGCAAACAUUAUCAAUGUUUAAUGGAAUUAGAAAUACAAAUUGGUUAGAUUUACACCCAUUCGUAGCUAACAAUAUGAGUGAAUUCCCAAAGGAACACAAACUGAUAAUGCUCGAUAGUCUUCAAUCAAUUCUAUCCGAUGGCCCCGGAUUAUCUAUGUUAUGUGGAUCUGUAAAUUUACAAUUGCUUCAUACUCUCAUCAAAGAUGGUGUUGUAGUAGUAGUUUCAAAACAAUCAUUUCAAUCUUCAUUCUCAUUGAAAUUAAAGAUAUUAGAUAAGUCGGUAACAAAAACUAUAACAGUUCAUUUAACACGUCAUCCUUGUUUUUACUCUAAAGAAUUUAUCUCAGCAUUCUAUUAUUUUUGUUAUUUUACAAUGUUUGGUAUUCAUUGUAGAUUAACUUGUUGGUUAUUUCUUUAUGUUAACUUUGUUAUUUGA